CAUGUAUUCUAUAAUACAAUAAUACUUUCUUUAAUUUACAUAGUCAUUGUUAGGACGUUUAAUCCUGGGAAUAUUAUCUCCACGAUUUAACUAUAUUAGAAUUUAUAAACUCAUGGUGAGAUUUGUAGUUCAAAAAGUAUAAACGCUUAUUCCUAAAUCGUUUCAUUUUGAAGAAGAACAUGUCACGAUACAUAGUGUUGAUUGCCGUUAUAUUUAUUUCGACCUGCCUUGUUACUGAUGCUAAGUACAGAUGUAAGGCAGGUGUAUACCAGUGUGAUCUUAACCCAUGGACAACUUGGUCAAAUUGUUCCUCUUCGUGUGGGGGAGGUACACGAACACGCGUUAUGCCGAUGUGCUGCUCCCCAAAUUACACAUCAACGGCUGAUUGUGCAUCCGACUGCAGUAUACCACUGAAUAGCAUCGUACACAGAGAGACGUGUGGACAAACGUGUGUACAUGGAACAUACAGACUGAAUAGUUGUCAAUGUCCCAAUGGGUAUCACGGGAAAUGCUGUGACAAAAUUGGAACUACCAGUAAACACCAGACAUCUCAAGCAAACGGCAUUGCCAUUACAGAUGAUUCGGAAGAUAAUGGAUGUUUUCAGUAUAAGUCAGUAACAGCAAUGACGGCAUUGAUGACUAUAGCGGUCGUAGGAGUAGCUGCCUUGGAUACAGUUCUCGGUUAUCAGUUCUACAAACUUAGGAAACAGUUAAUGGGAGGAUCUCAUAUGGAUUUGACAACUAGUGGAGUCGCUCCAGUAUCCACGAUGAUAAAGAAAUAA